CGCGAACUCAGAGAGGGGCUCGCACGCAAGCUCGCUCUCGGCGGUCCCCGCGCACCCGCACCCGCACCCGCGGCAUCAGCCGCAGCCGCAGCCACAGCCACAGCCACAGCAGCAGCAGCAACAGCGGCGGCCGCGGCUUCCUUCCACGCAUCGCCCAGGCGAGGCAGCCCAGGCGGGUGUAAGCACGGGGAAAGCUCCCGCCCGGGGAAACCCGCCGGGGUAGACGCUGCUCGGUCGCCUCCUCCGAGCGGAGCCGUCCGGCUCUUCGUCCCUUGUGCCCCGGGGAUGUUCGUCCCUUUCCGCCUCUGAAAUCACACAGCAGCCUGGGGGCCAUGGGGGAUGCCCCAGGCAAGUCUGGACUUUGAUUUUUUUUCUUCUUUUUUUUGAAUUUGCUUUUGGCUUUCGGGAAACAGGUGUGAUGUUUGUAGGAUAAAGGCAAGACUUUGAGGAACUGAGAGGACCUACAGGCGGUUUUUUUAAAUUUUAUUAUUAUUAUUAUUAUUAUUAUUAUUAUUAUUAGUUUUUAAGAGAGGAAACCCGUGCCCUGGUCGCGGCGCGUCUUUGCAGAUUUCCAGCGCCACCUUCUUUCCUUCCUUCCUCCUUCCCUGAAGGGUGGGGGAUCCAGAGAGACUAAAGGUGAAGACGGACCUCCGCCGGGAGACCGGAGGGAAGCACUCACUAUUUGAAUCCUUUACCGAACUCACUACACUGUCAAGAAGAACAGACGCGCGAGAGAAAAAUAAAACGCACACACACACAAAGACUUAGAAUUAUCCAAGAAGCCGACAGACAAACCGUGCGCUGGAGAAAACGCCUUUCACGCCGGCAUGGAAAUGUUCGCUUUCACCUGGCUCAGCUUAGCCAUCCACUUUUUAGGACACGGAGUGGGAGGCCAAACAGAUCCACCUUGUGGUGGUCGCUUGAAUUCCAAAGACGCAGGCUACAUCACCUCCCCAGACUAUCCCAAGGAGUACCCACCACACCUGAACUGUGAGUGGAUCGUCUAUGCACCAGAGCCCAACCAGAAGAUCGUCCUCAACUUCAACCCUCACUUCGAAAUUGAGAAGCAUGACUGCAAGUAUGACUUCAUUGAGAUCCGGGAUGGGGACAGUGAGUCUGCAGACCUGCUGGGGAAACACUGUGGAAACAUUGCUCCAGCCACCAUCAUCUCCUCGGGCUCUGUGCUCUACAUAAAGUUUAUGUCCGACUACGGCCGGCAAGGAGCAGGCUUCUCCCUACGCUAUGAGAUCUUCAAGACCGGCUCUGAAGAUUGCUCUAAAAACUUCACCAGUCCCAACGGGACCAUUGAGUCCCCUGGGUUCCCAGAAAAGUACCCGCACAACUUGGACUGCACCUUCACCAUCCUGGCCAAGCCCAAGAUGGAGAUCAUUCUGCAGUUCCUGACCUUUGACCUGGAGCAUGAUCCCUUGCAGAUGGGAGAAGGAGAUUGCAAGUAUGACUGGCUGGACAUCUGGGACGGAAUCCCUCACGUUGGUUCCCUGAUCGGCAAGUACUGUGGGACCCAAACCCCCUCUGAACUACGUUCGACCACAGGGAUCCUCUCUCUGACCUUCCACACAGACAUGGCCGUGGCCAAGGAUGGCUUCUCCGCACGCUACUACCUGAUCCAUCAGGAGCCUCAAGAGAGUUUCCAGUGCAAUGCCUCCCUGGGAAUGGAGUCUGGCCAGAUUGCCAACGACCAGAUUAGUGCCUCGUCUACCUACCUGGAUGGAAGGUGGACCCCUCAACAAGGCCGACUUCGUGGGGAUGAUAAUGGCUGGACCCCCAACUUGGACUCCAGCAAAGAGUAUCUCCAGGUGGACCUGCGAUUCCUUACCCUUCUCACUGCCAUUGCAACCCAGGGCGCCAUUUCCCGGGAAACCCAGAAUGGCUACUACGUUAAAUCCUACAAGCUGGAAGUCAGCACCAACGGGGAAGACUGGAUGGUGUACAGACAUGGCAAGAACCACAGGAUCUUCCAGGCCAACACCAACACAAUGGAAGUGGUGACCAAUAAGCUUCAUGCACCACUAUUAACAAGGUUCGUCAGGAUCCGGCCACAGACCUGGCACUCAGGCAUCGCCCUGCGUCUGGAACUCUAUGGCUGUCGCAUUACAGAUGCCCCGUGCUCCAAUAUGCUGGGGAUGCAGUCGGGUCUCAUCACCGACUCCCAGAUCUCAGCAUCCUCCACCCGCGAGUAUCUCUGGAGCCCCAGUGUCGCCCGCCUGGUCAGCAGCCGCUCGGGCUGGUUCCCCCGGAUUCCACAGGCCACGCCGGGUGAGGAGUGGCUGCAGAUAGACCUGGGAGCACCCAAGACUGUGAAAGGGGUCAUCAUCCAGGGUGCCCGCGGGGGAGACAGCAUCACCGCUGUGGAAGGCCGGGCAUUCGUGCGCAAAUUCAAGGUGGCCUACAGCCUCAACGGCCAGGACUGGGAAUCCAUCCUGGAUCCUAGAACCCAGCAGCCCAAGCUGUUUGAAGGGAACAUGCACUAUGAUACCCCUGACAUCCGAAGGUUCGAUCCUAUUCCCGCCCAGUUCGUGAGAGUGUACCCUGAGAGGUGGUCCCCAGCGGGGAUUGGGAUGCGGCUGGAAGUCCUGGGCUGUGACUGGACAGACUCCAAACCCACUGUGGAGACCCUAGGACCCACCAUGAAGAGCGAGGAGACCACCACACUCUACCCCAUUGAUGAGGAGACCACAGAAUGUGGGGAGAACUGCAGCUUUGAGGAGGACAAAGAUUUGCAACUACCUUCAGGAUUCAACUGCAAGUUUGACUUCCCAGAGGAGCCCUGUGGGUGGAUGUACGACCAUGCCAAGUGGCUCAGGAGCACCUGGACCAGCCCCUCCAGCCCCAAUGGUGGCACGUUUCCAGAUGACCGGAAUUUCCUACGGCUGCAGAGUGAGAGCCCACGCGAGGGCCAGUACGCCCGCCUCAUCAGCCCACCCGUGCACCUGCCCCAGAGCCCCGUGUGCCUGGAAUUCCAGUACCAAGCCACGGGCAGCCGUGGGGUGGCGCUCCAGGUGGUGCGUGAAGCCAGCCAGGAAAGCAAACUCCUCUGGGUGAUCCGAGAAGAUCAGGGCAGCGAGUGGAGACACGGACGGGUCACCCUGCCCAGCUACGACCUGGAGUAUCAGAUUGUGUUCGAAGGUGUGAUAGGCAAAGGACAUUCAGGAGAAAUUUCCAUCGAUGACAUUCGGAUCAGCACCGACGUCCCAUUGGAGAACUGUAUGGAACCCAUCUCAGCUUUUGCAGUGGAUAUCCCAGAAAUACAUGGGAGAGAUGGUUAUGAUGAUGACAUUGAUGAUGAGUAUGAUGUCGACUGGAACAAUGUGUCUACCCCAACUUCAGGAGCUGGUGCCGCUUCAGCUGACCAGGAGAAGAACUGGCUGUACACACUUGAUCCCAUCCUCAUCACCAUCAUUGCCAUGAGCUCGCUAGGUGUCCUCCUGGGGGCCACGUGUGCGGGUCUCUUGCUCUACUGCACCUGCUCCUACUCGGGACUCAGCUCCCGAAGCUGCACCACCCUGGAGAACUACAACUUUGAGCUCUAUGAUGGCCUCAAGCACAAGGUGAAGAUGAACCACCAGAAGUGCUGCUCCGAGGCCUGACAGGUGAAACCCCAGUCCCAUUGGACGUCACAUUCCUGCCAGAGGGCCAAAUGGAUGGGGACUCAUUCUUCCCUUUGGAAACUGAAU